CCCGGUUUGUUUGUCUGUCUGCGCUCCGGCGAUGAAAUCUGGGCACCGCACAGCUCCGUCCUAAAGCGGGGUGCAUGUGUCCUCAGUGUCCGCUGCUGAUGAGGACUCCCCCCGCCGGGCUGAGGACGCACGGAGCCGGACGCACAGGGACCGGGACGCACCGGGAGCGGCACCGGCCCAUCCCCGGCGGAAGGCGCUGUUGGAUGGGGCACGGACUACGCAUUUUCUCCCCGGUGACAGAGACAAUCUCGGCGCAUCUUCACGGAUAGGGGCCCCUCCUUCUCCUCCUCCUCCUCCCUCCUUGCUCCAUCCCAUCCCCUCUCUCCAGACCUCCGACCAUGGCCCUGGUGACUCUGCAGCGGUCCCCCACCCCCAGUGCAGCAUCUUCAUCCAGCACCACCAACAGCAGUGCGGGGGAGGAUUUUGGGAGCGAUGAUGACAGGAAAAAUAAUCAGAGUCUCAGUGAGAGCUUCUUCAUGGUUAAAGGGGCUGCCCUGUUCCUCCAGCAGGGCAGCAGCGCGCAGGGACCAAAGACCCCCACCCACCACAAACAUGCAGGGGAUUUACCUCAGCACCUGCAGGUCAUGUUCAAGAUCCUCCGCUCUGAAGAUCGCAUUAAGUUGGCUGUUCGUUUAGAAAGCGGCUGGUCUGAGCGCGUGCGUUACAUGGUCGUCAUCUACACCAACGGUCACCAAGACACAGAGGAAAACAUCGUCCUGGGAAUGGACUUCACAGACAAGGACAGCAGGAGUUGUUCUAUUGGGAUGGUUCUGCCGUUAUGGAGCGACACCAACAUACACUUAGAUGGAGACGGAGGCUUCAGUGUGAACACAGCUGGGAGGUCACAUGUCUUCAAGCCUGUAUCUGUGCAGGCCAUGUGGUCCGCCCUGCAGGUCCUCCAUAAGGCAUGUGAGGUGUCACGUCGGUUCAACUAUUUCCCAGGGGGCAUUGCUCUCACAUGGAUGGCCUUCUAUGAGAGCUGCAUCACAUCAGAACAAAGCUGCAUCAAUGAGUGGAACGCUAUGACCGACCUGGAGACCACCAGGCCCGACUCACCCACCAUGUUUGUGGACCGACCGACUGAACGGGAGAGAACUGAGUGUCUGAUUAAAGCCAAACUGCGGAACAUCAUGAUGUUUCAGGACCUGGAGAACAUCACUUCAAAGGAGAUCCGUAACGAGCUGGAGCAGCACAUGAGCUGUAACCUCACAGAAUACAAGGAGUUCAUCGACAAUGAGAUGCUUUUGAUUCUGGGUCAGAUGGACAAGGCCACGCCCAUCUUUGACCACGUCUACCUGGGGUCUGAGUGGAAUGCAUCAAAUCUGGAAGAUCUACGAGACUGUGGAGUUGGUUACAUCCUGAACGUUACAAGGGAGAUAGACAACUUCUUCCCAGGGAUGUUCUCCUACCAUAACGUCCGUGUGUAUGAUGAGGAGGCCACGGACCUUCUGGCCCACUGGAACGACACCUACAACUUCAUAGUCAAAGCCAAGAAGAACAGCUCUAAGUGCCUGGUGCACUGUAAGAUGGGUGUGAGCCGCUCGGCCUCCACCGUUAUCGCCUAUGCAAUGAAGGAGUACGGCUGGUCUCUGGAGAAGGCCUACACCUUUGUCAAACAGAAGCGCAGCAUAGCUCAGCCCAACGCUGGGUUCAUGAGGCAGCUGGCAGAGUACGAGGGCAUCCUGGACGCCAGUAAACAGCGCCACAACAAACUGUGGAGGCCUGGGACCGAUGAGGAGAGCUCCGAUGAUUUGCAGGCGUCGGGUCACUGCACUGGUGGGGAGGAGACCCCCGUGCUCAGAGAGGAUGAAGCCUGGGGGGGCUGUGGGGCGUCUCCAUGCAGGAACAUGGGUUUGGAGAUGGAGCCCCUGGACUCCCUGAACUACAACUAUUACUUCAGACGUUUGUCGGACUCUGCUCUGGACAGUGAACCCUCCACUCCAGUCCGCGGACCCCCUCUGCUCGGUAUGGAGAGGGUUUUCAUCGAGAUUGAAGACGUGGAGAGAGAUGCUCUCCUUGAGGACGAGGGCUUCCCCAUGGCACAUCUGGUGUUACCUGGAGAAGGAACAGCAGCUCAGACAUGUGGACGCCUUGACCCUCUGGAGGACAUGAGGCUGAGGCUGGAGUUCAGCACCCUGGAGGAGGAGGACGAGGAGGAGGCCAAGAAGGAGGAGGCUGAGAUGGCAGCUCUGGCCCAAACACCAGGAGGUACCGACGGAAAGAUGUCAGGAGACGAGGCUGAGAGGAGGGAGGAGAGCCGCUUAGGCUUAGCCAACCUCAACACCAACAACAGCAACCGACUGGCCGCCAAACGCAGCUGUCCUGCAGCCUUUGACGACAGUGCCAGCACCGGAAACCCUCUGAAAGUCAAGCCUUCCUAUCAGUCCUGUAAAGACUGCCUGCGUUUACCACAAGGGCGGCGCUGCGACCGGCCAGCAGGAGGACGUUCUCACCGCAUUAACCCCUCCCGUCACUGCACCGUCCCCUCCAUAUACAUAGACCCCCCUGGGACCAGUUUUACUCCCAGCCCGGUUCUGCUGUCGGCCCCGGUGGUCGUCCCUCACAGCUGUGGUCAUCUGUGCCGCUGUACUUCCUGCGUCGCUGGCGUCCCGCUGACCGGCCGACAAAAGCCAGUCUCACCGAUGAGCCUGGAGGACACUGAGGACAUGGCUGAACCCCCGGGCCCGGCUGAAGGUUUAAGUGUGUACUGUGGAGGGGCAGCGCAGCUCCAACAGCAGCUGCACAUGCCCGAACUGGGGAUCGAAUUUGGGCUGGAACGGCUGGAGAAGCUGCCAAGCCUGUCCAUGGAGGGGCAGCUGCCGGUCGGACCCCUACCGUAGUGGACUAUCCUGGACCGGAUGAGACAGAGGAGGCUCAGCGCCGCUUCCAUCGGGUUCACUCUGAGGGUUCUCCAGCCCGUU